GAGGCAGAUAUAUUCUAAAGUCUGGAGAUAAACCGAAAAAAAUGGAUCCGAAGAAAACGUUAACCUGGUUUUUUGGCCUGCCAUCGGUGCGCUAUUCCCAGAUCGCUAUCGUUAUGGCGGGCGAUCUGCUGGCCCUAUCCAAUCUGUAUCCCAAGCACUCGAGGUACAUUUCGAGUCCUUUUUUGCUGUGGCAGGAUCUACAAGAGGAGGAGAGAAGCCGCCCGGACUAAGGCCAUCUCACCAGUUCUAAUACAUUUAUAUUUUUUUAUCUGCGUGGGAGACGUUUUAUGGCCCCAAAGAUUUGACCCAACCAACCUUGAGUUUCAAUGCCAAUGCCAGGCCCAUGACGUCACUUGUAUCUGGAUGCUCGUUGCUGGUUAAAUAUACUUUAUAUUCUGCAGCUCAGGACCCGAGAGCCUCGUGAGCCUCUUCAAAUGCCCGGCCAAAUUAACUCGACUCCUCAUUAAAGUCCAAAAAUUCGAAAGUUUCGACCGCCGUCGUCUGGAAAUAAACGUCAAUUUAAACGAAGCCUCCGAUCGGGAGGGACGCACUCAGGGUGGGGGGUUGGUUGGCGGUUGAAAAAAUUGAAAAUUCUCAAAAAGCCGCUUUUGUUGAUGUGGCCAAAAAAGGUCUACAGCCUUGCCUUGUAUGCAGUCCUACGGCCUGUUUCAUUUUCGUUUUUGGGAGUUGCGUUGCCUCCGUAUUAUCUUGUUUUCAGUUUCCAGCUCCGAUAUUUUCGCUCGGUUUUAUUUUUUGUUUUUUAACUGCCGUUUUUGGUGUGCAUGCGUCAAGGAUGAUUUGUAUUUGUGCAUAAGGCGAUGCCAGCAUUUCGAUUUUCUGUAUUCAAUUUGUAUUCGAUUUCGUUUGUGACCCGGCCCGGGGAGCUUCCUGCUUUGAGUCAGUGUCCGUGUCCGGCUUUUAACACGUACACCUACAUAGUAAUUAGUCACCCAGAUCAAAGACCGCCGCCGACAGAGUUCAUUCUCGGAACUAAUGCAACUGUUUGCUUAGCACCAACAAGCGUAGCUUGGUUCUUAGAUAAGUCGGGGAAACGGGCUUACUACGUUU